ACCAGGACUGCCAACGAGGGCGAUGCGCUGCACGGCAUGGCGUACAAAAUGGGUGUACUAAGCGCGUCUUGCACAUUUCAAUGGCUGCCACCAGGGUCCUCUCGUUCUCGUGUGCCAUCGCUGUUUCUCCGCUCUCCUUCGGUAGUUCAGCCCGUGGCUCCUGUCGGUUGUACGCCAUGGCUGCGGCCAACACCACCAAGAUCUACGGUCUGAAGCUCUCGACCUGCACGAAGAGAGUCCUCACUGCUCUAGAAGAGAAGAAUUUCACGGAUUAUGAAGUCGUGACAGUGGAUUUGUCCAAGGGCGAGCAGAAAUCGGCCGAAUUCAAGAAAAAACAGCCGUUCGGCGUUAUUCCUGUGUUGGAGGAUGACGAAGUCGAGCUCUUUGAGUCCAGAGCUAUCGCGAGAUAUGUUGCCGACAGAUACGCUGACCAAGGCACAAACCUCCUCGGCUCCACUCUCAAGGAGCGUGCUCUGGUGAAUCUGUGGCUGGAAGUGGAGUCUCAGAACUACAACCCCCCGAUCUCUGGGCUCAUUGCUGAGAAGGUCUUCAAGCUGAGGAAGGGACUGACCACAGACGAGGCCAAGGCAGCAGAAUGCAAGGCCAAGCUCUCCCAGGUCCUGGAUGUGUACGAAGCACGCCUGGCCUUGAACGACUACCUGGCUGGUUCCUUCUUCUCCCUAGCAGACCUGGUCCACCUGCCCUACACUGCCAUGCUCUGGGUCUCCGGUGAUUCCGAGCUAGUCACAUCACGGCCCAAUGUGAACAAGUGGUGGGAGCGCAUCUCAUCCCGUCCAGCGUGGCAGAAAGUAUCGACCAUGAAGUAGAGCUGCUGUUGUGUCCUCAGCUCGUGUUCAAAGACUGGUGUAUCUUAUUGUAUGGCUGCUCUAUUGAGCUGCAUGUGGAAAAGCUUGACUGGCAUCUUAUUCCGCCCAGUUUGGCACAAGGUAUCGACCGAAAAGAAGAAGAGUUCGUGUCAAGCGACAUGCCGGAGUUCCCCUAUGUUGUGGUAUAUUUCAUACUUAGCAUUUCUGUAAGUCGUUUAUCGAUAGAUAGUGUCGAAUCCUACUGUAGAAGAUAAGUCCAUAGGAUGACGUCAGCAAAUAGCGCUCGUCAUAGGACAGUCGUUUCAGUCACGCGAAUAGUCGCACCUCUUCAUUGUCAUCUAGGGCGCAUAGCGCGAUAGUGACGAACAGGUACAUUAGCGAAUAGGUACUUUCCUAGAGCUAUAAACCUUUGUUGUGUCCUUUUUAUUAUUAACC